GUGGGAGCAUAAUAAGCUUUCGGGCUCUUAGUAGCCAUAAUCCUUUCCAUCACCUUUUUCACUCUCCUGCGAGCCCUCUACAAGUACUACGACGAUGGCCAACAAGGCAAAACUUGAGGCACUCCUGACUCUAAUCAACACAUCCGCACGAGAUGCCAUCGCGUUGUAUGAACAGUACGGUGAUGUACCCGCCAUCGACCAGACAGAGCCCCACCCGUUGGACAAUGCAGUCGACCAGGUAGCUUUGAAGAGUGCCAUUCGUACUCUUGAAGGUGCUUGUGCUCAAAUAUGCGCGACACUUGCUCCACCUGCCCAUACUGCAGUUAACCUUGUCCAAGUGUAUGAUCAUGCUUGCAUGCGAGUAGUUGCUCGGGAACAUGUUUCUGAUAUUCUGUUGAAGUACCCCAAGGGUCUUCACGUCAACGAGCUCUCCAAACAAAUCAACAUCGAGCCAAAAAAACUGGCCAGGAUAAUGCGCCUCCUGGCCACGAGAGGUUGCUACAAUGAAGUUGACAUGAACGUUUUUGCCAACAACCGACUGUCUCUGAUCCUACUCGACGAGAACCCUGUCAAAUACAUGAUCUUGUUUCAUGUGGACAUAGUUGCCAAGGGAGCACCGGUUUUCUACGAGACGCUCAAAGAUCCAAAGAUUGCCUACUCGUAUGAACCAACGGUUGCCCCUGUAAUGUACGCCAUCAACAAAAAUGGAACCGAAGGAACGCUCUUCGACCGGAUGGCGCGGCAUGACGGCCAACGCCAGUCCUAUCACACGUCGAUGAGAGGUCUGAAUGACAUUAUGGGCUCCCUCGCCGUCCUGACUCAUUUCCCAUUCGAAAAGCUCUCAACAGUCGUUGACGUUGGAGGAGGCAUUGGAGCAUUUUCUCUGCCUUUGGCUAAAACACAUAAAAACGUUAAAAUUAUAAUCCACGAUCUUCCGGAAGCAUUAGUUCAGGCGAGAGACAUCUGGGCGAGAGAAUGCCCUGAAGCCCUGACAGAAAACAGGGUCGAGUUCAAGAACUUGGACUUCUUUGAACAAGUUCCCGCGAAGGGUAAGGACAUCUACUAUCUUAGAAAUAUCAUCCACGACUGGCCUGACCGUGAAACUGCACUCAUUCUUUCAAACCUUCGCAAGGCGCUCGGUCCAAACAGCCGCGUCCUCAUCCAUGACUAUGUGCUCCGCCAACUCAGCCGCAAACAAGCAGUGAUAGAAGCUUCAGAGCUCGGAGUUGUUUCGGCUCCUGAACCUCUUCUUGCAAACUUUGGCGUUGGAAAUAUGCGUUUAUACCAGCAAGACAUGACUAUGUUGUUCGUACACAACGCGAUGGAGCGAACACUACAAGGUUCCCUCACACUUGCCACUGCCGCCGGUCUGAAACUAGAGAAAGUGUGGGACCUUGUCGAAACAUGCGUCUUGGAGUAUUCUGCCGCAUAA